AUGAGCGAAGUUACUUCUGAAACACAUUCCAGCGAUGAUGGGAAACCCAAAUCCUCGCUUCGGAAGUGUAUCUCGCUCCUUAAAGUGGCAAAGACAGACACGGAGCGUUUUGCCGCAUUGAUGUUGGUCACUCAGUUGGUCAGUUCGAACGAAGUUGAUGUCGCUGGUCGAAGGGAACUUUUUGACGCUAUCGGUUUCAAGUUUUUGAACAGAUUGUUGAGUACCCGAAAUGUACCCAACGGCUGUCCUCCAGAUGUGUAUCAAUCGCUCUCGUUGACUAUUCUGGCCUGCUUUGCAACUGAUGAAGAGCUCUGCUCUCACAGCGAGAUGAUAAAUAAAAUUCCCAUGCUCCUGACCACUAUCAAAGCAGCGGGACGAAACGAGUCUGCGAUCGCGGAUGAUUGUUACCAAAUUCUCGCCUCCUUCGCUGGUUCUUCGACCGGAAUUAGACAUUUAGUUGAAAUGGGAGCAAUUUCGAAGCUUUGCGAAGUCCUUGAAGAAAAAUAUUCAAAGAAUGCUGUUGAAAUCUUGCUUCGAAUCCUGUACAAUGAACCACGUGUGCAUUGGCGAGAACAAAGAGACGACCUUCUUGGCGUACUGAGUACAUUGAGCAGGCUGUUCAAAGAAACUCAAGACAGCAGUAAAUUUGAACUUUGUAACUUUUUGUUGGUUUUUCUUUCGGGUGCCGAGAAAUCUACGUUUGAAGGGCAAGAAGAUCAUCCGUGUUUGGCCAAUAUAAAUAAAGCAUUAAAAGAUAUUCUGCAAUCAAGAAUUUCGUCGUCACAGAGAGAUCCCUCUCUGAUUUUAAUAUCGAUAAUCAUCGAUCUGGUCGGAAUGGAUUGGAUGGUUACAUUUUCAGGACAAGAUUCUCAGGGACUCUUUAUUUUAAGCCUUACGAUUGCCAGUGUUGAAAUAAGAAUGAUUUUGGACGGUAAAACCUCAGAGGAAAUCGAACCCAGGGCCAUUGUCCUGACCAGCUGUUACAAUAUUCUCGAAAAAGCAAUUAACUUUGCUAUUGUUCAAACUCAUACAAAAUCUCAUUUGCCGUCCAUUGUUAGCGGCGGCCUGUCCAAAGUAUAUUCCCUGGCAACCGAGGCCAUGCACUCCAUUGGAUUAUACUUGGACCAGGUGGCACAACACGAUGUCAGAGGUCGCCGAACUGGACAAAACCGCGUGGUUGUGGCGUCAGUCCGCAUUCUUUGUGCGUGGAUGUCCGAAGAGACUUCAGCUCUGCAAGAAGAUGUCGGCAAGUUACUUCCAUUUCUGUUGAAGAUCGGAGAUGAAUCGCUUACAACAGGUGCUGUAAGAUUUUCUUUCAAUUUUUUUUCCUCUCCUUACGUAAACAGACCUCAUACACGCCUUCCUAGUCUUGGUCCAGCGAAUUGAAAACACCGGACUCUCGUUCUUGCCGAGUAGUACAUCGUAUUUUCAAAAAAUGCAUAGCUCGAAAUAGAAUUUUAAGUCCUGGUGAAGUAGAAAAGUCCAGAUAUGUUUGUAAAGCAGUUGAAAUGGCGACACGUUUCAGUUCAUUCAGGUCAUCUUCGGCGAGCAAUGGCGAAUAUGCGAAUCAUGUCAUUUGCUACAUAACAAUGUUUUAAGUAAAGUUAGACAUCUUUUACAAAGAUGUGACUAAAUACUGUUGAAAUUCUCAGGAAAAGGUAAAUGAAAUUUUCUAGGACUGAAAUGAAAUGUGAAAAGGGCGUAUUGUAUUUUACUUUAUAAAAGCUAAGUUUUACUUUUGUCUCACGAUGUAGUCACGGGUGAUGUAGAUCGCGACGUGUCGACUGCAUACUGCUAGCUUUUAUUGUUAUUCACCACGAUGAAUAACCACAACCUUUUCUACGAAAUUUUACUUUAUCUUUUGAAAGAGUACAUAAGCUAAUUUUUGGCAAACUGAAGGGAAAUCGCUAAACUUUGUCGAACAAAUAUUUGGGACAAAAAUAACAACGAAAAAAUUCUUAUUUUCUGAUUGAUCUUUGUUCAGGAACCUUGGGUGUGACCAAAUCAUUAAAUAUUCAGAAAUAUUUGCAUCUGUCCCUCAGAGAGUUUCAUUGUUUGAAAGAGUAACAAAAGGUGUUUUUUUAGUUUCUGGGUGAAUAAAUUGACUUUUCCUGGCAUUUUAAUGAGGUUGCUCAGCCAGAAAAUAGCUUUUAAUUUGGCACAAACCAACCCAAAAGUUCAGAAUUGAUGUCAUGGUAGCAAAAAUAAGUCCAUUUAGGAUUUUUUUCCUUCAUCUCUUGAAAGGGAUUUAUAAGUAAAAUUUCAGUGCUUGAGAAUUAAAUUACCAACUGUAGUGUAUUGUUUGGAUUGAAUACUGAAUAGACUUUUUUUAGCUUGUAUGUAUUGUUUACCCACUUCAAGUCAUGUGGUUAUAUUCAAGAGAAAUCUUUUCAAAUUCCACAUACUCAGAUGCAUAUAUAUACACAGAAUUUACAAAAGUUGAAAGGAACAGUUUUCUAGAGUAUUACUACUUGACCUGGAAUAAGUAAACACAACAAAGGCUGAAGAGGUGUAUUUUCUGGACUAAUCAUCAAAGGCAUGUGGUGGCAUUAGUGAGAAGAAUUUCCUUUCAGAUGUCAGGAGUUUUAGGUUUUGGUAACUUGAUCAAGAGGUUAACCCGUUUACUCCUAGAUCAAAUUUGUUAUUCUCCUCGCCAUCAACCAAACCAUUCUUAUAGUGUUGGUUUAGAGAAUUUAGAAUUAAAUCAACUAGUUAUCCCCAAAUUGAUAUUUUUCUUUAUUCUCAUCACUUGUUUGGUUGAUAUUGUAUUGAUAUUGUAAGGAGAAAUUCGGUCUUGGUCACUCAUGGGAGUUAAAAGGUUAAAUGUAAUAUGUUGCUUUGUUUCUAGGUUAUGAUGAAUAUUUUUCUUCCUUUGCAGAAUUUAAGCUUUGGUUUCAAGAUGACAGAAAGGAUGCUACAACUUCAAGUGAAAAAGACACAAGUGCAGGUCUACCAGAUCUGGAGAAUUUGAUAGGGCAUCAUUCAGAAACUAGAUAUGACGUCAUGCGUUUCAUGUUACCACCCCUGUGUCACCUGUCUGCUGAUGAUAAAAUGCGCAAGAUCUUUGUUGAAAACAAUGGUCUUGAACUUUUAUCAAAGUACUUUUUUCAUCAUUGGAACAGUUGGUAUGGACAAACAAAUGGUGUCACAGAUGACAAUGAGUCAGAGACGUGUCUUAUUACCAUGCUCGGUAUUUUCUUGAAUAUCCUUGUGACAGAACCAGAACUUUCAACAAAAGCUGAAGCACUUGAGGAGAUUGGCAAACAUGCCCUUUUGUCUUCUUCACAGCUACUCUUCAGAGAUAGAAAUAUCACUAUUUUAGUGAAUCUUGUAGUCCUUGGUCUUUUGUUUGUGAAAUGCCACAAAGACAGAGGAAAAACAGUAUCGUUUGAUCAAUUAGAGGUAUCUGUUUUCCUUAAAAACUCCAUUCAGAUCUUGAAAGAAGCAAGAUACCCUACUACUGGCAAAACACAAGGAGACCCAGGUGAUAGGAAGACUGAGUUAGCCACCCAUUGCAGAGAUUUCUGGGAUGACAUAUCAGAACUUUGGUUUCUAGGCAUACAGGUGCUGUUAUCCUUGGCAGGUUCCAUGUCUGUUGCCAAAGAGCUUCUUGAAGAGAGUGGAUGUUAUGAAGAAUUUGUAAACAUUGUGAAUCAAACCAACAAAGAAGAGGAAAAUCCUGGAGAGAAAAACUGAGGCCAAGU